CCGACAGUUAUGGGUUGGCCGUCGAUCGAAUCGGAUGUGCGUUUCCGUGAGUUGUCCACCGUUUCCCCCCCGAGUGGGGCCUUUUGAGUAGGACUUGAGCAUUCUUGUGAGCCCAAAAAAAAUCGCGUUUUCGUGUUCCGUGCCCUCGACAACGUGUGAAUUCCCCGGGGCCGGAGGUCCUGGCGAUUUGUUUGAAGAAACACAAAGAUAAACCGAAGAGACCAGAAGAAAUAGAAGAAGAACAUCCCCGUUUGGGUGUCUGUCGCUUUCCGCUUGGUGGUUUUGCUUUUUUGGCUUUGGGAAAUACUUCCCUUCGAAGGGACACAUUGCAUCACUCGAAGUCGGAGUUUUGUGCACCGCUUUUGCUUCCGUUUUCCGUUGCCUACUUUGCACUUGGCCGUUUGUUGCCUGCGAUCGGUUUCGUCUCGGUUGAAGUUCACGUCCAGCCUACUGCGAGUCCUUGUGCUACUGCGAUUGUGAAGUGAAAAGGAGAAGCCUACUGUGGUGCAUUUAAAGCUGUAGGGGAAAACGACCGUAUAUAAAACGAAAUGUUGCAAUAUAUAAGUUGUGAAGCAGUGAAGAAAUUUAAGUGAGAAUAGUGUUUUAAAAGUGAAAAAUUCCCUCACGCAGAAAGUGCGUUCCGAGUAAAACCUUCCCCCGCAGCCAAAUUCGGGCAUUUUUAAUGUGUAACUCAGUGUUUGCCGUGCUUGCCAGUUGCUUCGCUUUGAACUUGUUUUACGCUUUGCCACCGCUUGUUCUUCGCUAUCGCAAUAUAUCGGAAGAGUCACAAAGAUUGACCCAAUUGCGGCCACUAUAAUGGACCUGUCGACGAUUCUGCUUCUGCUGGAGACGCCACCACCGAAAGGAGGCCACUCGCUUCUAGUAGAUCACCUGUACAAUUCGGCCCGCAGUACUCCGGUUCCCGGUCGGAAGCGCUACCAGCACCAGCAUCAGCACUUCCAGCCACCUGCCGUAGCCACGUUAACGUCCUUAACGACAACGACGACGACCACGACUCACACUGCUGCGGCUCCGGUUCCGGUUCCGGCACAGGUGUCUUUGGUGCAGUUUCAUCAGCAGCAUACGGAGGACUUCGGCAGCAAGAAGCUACAGCUGCUGCACUCCAAGCAGUUCUACUGCUCCAACCCGAUGCUGAACAACAAUCUGCAUUGCAAUCUCGAUAUGGAGUCACUGGAGGAAAUGUUGAAAAAGCUCUCCGAGCUCGAGCAAAGGGUCAUCGAAGCCGAGGAGCGGGCCGAUGAAGCCGAGGACAAGGUCCGGGCCAUGGAGCAACGGCUGUGUGACUGGCCUAAGCCGCAGAGCAUAACUGGGCCAGCCGGAAGCAGCACUGGUGGAACGCAAGGUCAGAGCUCCAACGCGAAAGCCCCCCUCGAAAAGGUCAAAAUCACCCAGCUCGAGUCGGCCGUCGAAGAGCAGAAACAGCUGAGGCUUCAGGACGCCCGCCAGGUCGGUGCCAAAGCGGCCAAAAUCAAAGAGUGGGUCACCAACAAGCUACGCGAACUCGAAGAGCAAAACCAGCUGCUGAGGGAGCAGAACAUCAAGUGCAAUCAACAGUUAGAGUUGUUAAGGAACCACAUCGCAACCCAAAGCAGUAGACAUAGUAUACAGCAACCCGUUAGAUCUAGUUUAAGCUUAGACGUACAGGACUACAAACGGCGCAGCGGUCGCCGGCGGAGCGAAUCGUUAGAUCCGCCGGAGCACCGGUCCCUGUUAGCGUCCUCUUCCGUGCACCACCAUCGACGGAACCUCUCGAUGGAACCUCAGGAAUUAGCUAGAGACUUAGCGGCCGCCGUCGACGGCCUUAAUUUGAUACCCCUCGUUCCGGGCCAUCAGCCCAGUCCCAACUCGGAUGUGGACACCGCGCAUGACUACGCGGAAAUUUAUACGCCUUCGCGUGAGAAGGCCCCUACCUGGCUGAAGGGGCUGCCCAGCGGAGGUUCCAGUACGACCACUUCGGAUUCGGUGGCCGACCUUGGGACCCCGCGACCUCCAACACCUCCGCUACAUCGGUUUCCCAGCUGGGAAGCGAAGAUCUACCAGGUUGCUAACGAUGGCCUAGCAGGUGACGAGAACGAAUCUCAGGACCAGGAGUCCGGGUCCGGAAUGACGUCCAGCGUGGGGAUGAACUCCCGCUCGCAAACCGUGUCCGGUGGAUACUGUGAUAUUAGUGUACCGGUUUACGCCACCGUUAAAGGGCGUGCCUCCCAGAUCCGAUCGAUGCCAUUUACCGGGGAUUCCAGCGACGACAGCAGUGACGGUGAGGAUCACGGUGCCAUAAUGACCUGUGCUACGUCCACCCACAAUUCGCACAACUCAACCAGCACGGACAACACCGAGACGAGCACCUCGGGCAGUGCGUCUAGUCCCUCGAAGAGUCUUAAAACAUCCUCUAGUCUGAGUCCCGCUAAGCGCAGCGGGUCCGAAAGUCCAAAGAAUAAAGCCAGAGUAAUUUCAGAAAUGUCCUUUGAAUCAGGGCUAUCCGAUGACUACGCGAUACCACCGGAUGCCGUUUCGGCCGUGGACACGACCUGCAUGGAUGCGUCGAUGCCAUCGCUGCUGAUGCGAACCUCGUACGCCGAUUCGCCAAAGAAGAUCGAAACCUUGGAAAAGGUUGGCCACCUUGCGAAGCUGGGCGGUAAGUUGAAGACGUGGCGGAAGCGCUGGUUCGUGCUGAAGAACGGUCAACUGACGUACUGGAAAAGUCAGCAUGACGUGAACCGGAAACCUCAGGGAACGAUUGCGCUGGACGAAGCCUGUCGGAUAAACCGAGCCGAGGGAGCGUCAACGUUCGAGAUCGAUACGGGCAAGAAGGUGUACUAUCUGACGGCCGACUCGAACGCAACGAUGGACGACUGGAUACGGGUGCUGCAGAACGUCCAGAGGCGGAACGCAACGAAGCUGCUGCUCAGCCGGGACGAUCAGAAACCAACGGUGCAGGGUUGGGUUACCAAGGUGAAGAAUGGCCACGCGAAAAAGUGCUGGUGUGUGCUGCUCGGGAAGAUGUUCCUGUACUUCAAGGCUCCUGGGGAGACGAACCCUUUGGGUCAGAUCAACAUGCGGGACGCUCGUGUGGAAGAGGUGGAACACGUGUCUGACUCGGACUCGGAAGAGCGCGAAGAUCAUGCUCAAAGCCAGGCUAGGCUGACCGUUGCCAUUUAUCCGCAGCAGCAGGGAGUGGGUCCUACCUACCUGAUUCUGCCAGGGAAACAAGAACGGGACAAUUGGUUGUAUCACCUGACGGUCGUUUCCGGUGGUGGACCGAACGCCGGUACACAAUACGAGCAGCUCAUUCAGAAGCUGAUGGAAACUGAUGGUGAUCCCAAUUGCGUCCUGUGGCGACAUCCGAUUCUGCUGCACACAAAGGACAACAUAACCUCACCACUAACUUCGUUACAUUCCGAAACGCUUCAAGCGGAAGCCAUCAAGCUCUUUAAGAGCUGCCAACUGUUCAUGUCGGUGGCGGUCAACCAGCCGGGCAUCGACUACCACGUGGUCCUGGCCCAGAAUGCCCUACAGCAAUGCCUGGACAUGCCGGAACUGCAGUCGGAGCUGAUUUGCACGCUGAUCAAGCAAACGUCCCGCCAUACCGGCCAGAAGCUGGGUGUAGGUGUCCAGGUAAACAAAAAACUGGGCAUACCGGCUCGUCUUUUCUCCUUUGACCGGAAUCGAUUUCGGUUCUCCUUGAAAACGCGGCGCCACUACCACCACCUGCUUUACCGCCACCAACGCUAUUCGAACAAGAUCGCGAGACGUGAGCAACAAUUGCUGUUGUGUGCCACGCAGAGUUUGUUCACUUGCGAUACGCUGCAGGGCAAUGCCUCUCAAGCGAAUGGGAGCUCACCAACUUCCAUUCAGGCCCCUUCGGUUCCUCCGAUCGACUGCAAAUCUAACCCGCCGGCCUACACGUUCAUCCAGGGAUGGCAGCUCCUGUCGCUUGCCGUGUCGCUUUUUGUGCCAAAGAACAAUCGCCUACUGUGGUACCUCAAGUUGCACCUGUCGCGCAACGCGGAUUCGAAAACCGAGUGCGGGAAAUACGCGGCCUACUGCGAGCGGGCCCUGGAGCGCACGAUGCAGAACGGUGGACGCGAAACGAAACCCUCACGGAUGGAGGUGCUGUCGAUUCUGUUGAAGAAUCCGUACCACCACUCGCUGCCGCAUGCCAUUCCGGUGCACAUGAUGAACGGGACCUAUCAGGUGGUGUCGUUCGACGGUUCGUCCACCAUCGAGGAGUUCCACUCGACGCUGGCACAGGAGAUUGGCUGCCGCGACGGGACCAACGGGUUCACGCUGUUCAGUGACGAUCCGAUCGAGAAGGACCUGGAGCACUACCUGGACCCGCAGGCGAAGCUUUGCGACGUCAUCUCCAAGUGGGAAACGGCCCUCCGCGAAAAGGGUUCCGGAAAGUUCGAAAACUCUCGAGUGAUCCAGUUGACGUACAAAAACCGCCUCUACUGGAAGCACGCGGCCAAACUGGAGACGGAAAAGGAACGACUGCUGCUCAGCUACCAGAUCAACCAGCAAGUUGUUCAAGGACGAUUCCCGUUGUCGCGGGACCUGGCGUUGGAGUUGGCAUCGCUCAUGGCUCAAAUCGAUAUGGGCGACUACGCGGCGGACAAGUCGAAAACGAGUUCACUGCAAGCGCUGGAUAAGUUCUAUCCGUAUCGCUACCGGGAUGCCCUCACGCCGGACGGAUUGAAGGAACUCCAGGAAGUUGUGGCGAGCAAGUGGUCGCUGCUGAAAGGUCGGUCCGUGGUGGACUGCGUACGGAUAUAUCUAACAUGCGCUCGGAAAUGGCCAUUUUUCGGUGCUGCCCUCUUCCAAGCGAAACCCAGACAUUCCGAUCAAGCCAUGGCUUGGCUUGCAGUUUCCGAGGAUGCCCUCAGCGUCUUGGAGCUGUCUUCGAUGGCAUCGAUCGCCCGGUAUCCGUACAGUUCGGUAAUGACCUUCGGAGGAUGUCAAGACGACUUCAUGCUGGUGGUCAGCGCGGAUGACACUUUGGCUGGAAGCCCCGAGCAGAAACUCCUGUUCGCCAUGAGUAAACCAAAGAUUCUGGAGAUUACGCUCCUCAUAGCGGACUACAUGAAUGCUCUGGGGCACACUCUUCCGGGAACGCCUCAGAUGAACACGCUUACGAGAAAUGGAAGUCAUCGAAGUAUUCGAUCCCGCGUCCAUCCGGGUUCGUGCACGGGAACGCCGGCGCACAAUACGCUCAACUCGUCGCAUGCCAACACAACCCACGCCCACAACACGCUCACUUCCCACUCGCAUACGCUCAAUUCGCACGUCAGCCACACUCUCAGCUCGCACGGCCAGCCGGACAUCCUCAAGAGCACACCGGAUCACCAGCGCCGUUAGUAAAGAGCGAUUCAAACGGUGGGAUAGUAGCAUAAAUACGCACAACCUAUGCCGUCACAUCGCAAUCAUUCAAAACCACACUCACACAAUCGAGCAGAUCAGGCUUCGGAAAGUAGCAGAGCAUUUAGGUUCAGUGUAUUUUGAUUUACACUUUUUGCACGCUAUCGCUUGCUGCGAUUGAGAUUUAGUUUUCUUCGGUGUUGCCAUAUGGAGCAUAUCUAUUUGAUAUUAGUUUUGUGUAAGGUGGUCUACCGUUUUUUAGGCAUUUAAUUAACAUACUUUUACCAGAAACGUUUGCUAACAAACGGAUUUACUGUAUACAUGUAGGCGACUAAGAUAAUAAAAUUGUAACAUUUUGCGAAAAGUUUUAAGUUUUUGUUUGCAUUUUCUUUGUUUCUGAUCUAACAUAUCUAAUUUUGUGUAAAUAAUUCUUUUAGUUUUUAAGCGAACACUAAGUCAAAACUCCCGUACUCCAGUUUAGCGAAGAAAGUUCAAAUAAUUUUCCAGAGAGUGCUCGAAUAAUUAAUACAUUAAACUUGAUUUCAUUAAGUACUUUGAACAUUCUUAGUUAGUAGACUCUAAAGAAAUCUAACCAAAUAAAAAACACAUUAACUGAUACAAACUGAGAGAGGCAUGCGUCAAAUGGGAGUCAAACCGAGUCGGAAAAGAGAGUGCUUCAGCGAAAAAUUGUUACAGAUGAAAAAUAAAAAUAGGAAAACUAUGUGAUUUUUUACGCAAAACUAUAUUUAGACAGUGAAAAAUAGUUAUACUACGGAAGAACGCAGAGAAAAUAAAUGUGAAAGAAGUUAACUUGACUAUAACCGGAAACUAUACACAAAACAAUUCAAAUACACUCGUGCAGUAACAGAAAAAAGGUAGUUUAGCGGCUAACAAGCGCGGAUAGCAAGGCAUAAAGUAGGACCACUGUAUUGGCCAGAGGGCGUACCAGUCACAUGUAAUCGCGAUUCUCAAUUGUUUGUUAUACACUGAAAAAGAAAACACACUCACACCAUCUACCGGACAAUUUUUGUAAUCUCGACCUAUACCAUAGGAUGAAUCAGUAGGAAAAGUGUACUCCGGAGGGCCUGUAUAGAAUCCUCCCCUUUCAGCAGAAUAUAGUGUUGGAAAGUUCUUCAAAUUGGAACGAACUGGUAGACGAGAGAGAGCGGAGCCAUAGAAUGUGUGUCGUAGCAUCACCAUUAUUGGGACAGGGAAAAACGCAAAAAUCAAAGAAGCUGUAAAAUUGAGUGGAAAAUAAACAUGUAGGGGGUGUCGAUGAUUGUUUACUA